GGGUACACAACAAAAACCCAUCUCCCUCCCAUCCGACUCGAGAAAGGAACUGAGCACAAUUUGCUCACAGUACUGCCGCUUGUCGACAACGAGGAAGAUCCUGUUCCUGCUAUCAAGAUCCCGACCCACGCUCCAGACGCAGACGAGUUGUUCGAGGACGCUGUGCUCAUGCCAUUGGCACCGGCCACUGACGAUGAGGUCAACACUGCUUGUAAGAGAAAGAAUCAGCUGAAGAGGCAUAGGAAGCGAGUACGGGAAGCAACUGAGUCGGAGAAGGUGGCUGUCCUUGCUUUAUCGUUGGCGGAGAUUGGCUCCUUCCUCCCCAUCGAACCUCAAGUCAGCAAUUGCGAACCUCCCAUCGCUUCUUUGGGCGUUGACGUUUCCGCGCCCGGACUUGACUCUUUUCUGGGCAAGAAGAAGUACUGGCGAGAGCGGUAUGACAAGGAGCCCCCUGCGCAAUCAGAUGACUUUUGUCGUCCCUCAAUCGAUGCGCUCCUACUCGCCGGCCCUCGAGCCGUCUCUUCCGAUGAAGCGUGCACCGACCAACGCUUCCAUCUUGAUCUCGCGGCGCACGACCCAAGUUUCCUCGCGCUCUUGAUCUCAGUCCGUGGUCGAUUCCCGCUUCCAGACAAUGCGGAGAUGACGAUUCCAUGUUGCUCCGCUGCCAAGCCGGAGCCGAUCUCUCAAGAUGUCCCGGAGCUCACGCUCGAGCUGCUCCUCGAGGAGGGUCCAGAGGCGUUCCUCCACGUCUUCGCACCGAACUCACCUGUCGUGAUGCGUACCAAGGCUCAGAAGCGCGCCGACCUCAGGCAGCGUCAACGCGAGGAGGCCUCGAAAGCCACGCCGACAGCCAACGCUGCCGCAGCCAGUCCAUUCACCGUGCUCGAGGCUGAAGAGGGUCUUGACCGGGCCACCGAGCUCAACGCUGCCGACGCCCUCCAAACCUCUCACCCAAUCGACGCGGACGCAUCUUCCCAGAAUCUAACUGCUACCCAGCAGAGGAACCAGCGGCGACGCAACAAGGAGCGCGCCGAACGUCACGCAGAGGACACCCAGUCAUCCGAGGGGUCUUCCUCUCCGUCUCAGUCGUCGAACAAGAAGGCCAAAAAGAAGAGCGGCGGCAAGAAGAAGCCCGGGAGCACGCGAUCGGUGUAUGGGAUUCAUCUCCAACCCCAGUAGCCAUCUACUGGACG